UAACAUCCUGUGUGUAUCUGAGCCGUGAGCGUUAUAGUUAGAUGGCAAGGUAGAACGGCAAUAUUUUAUUAUUCACUGGCGAAGUAUGAAUCGAGAUGUAAUUACUGUAAACAUCCUUCAAGGUGCUAAGUGUCCUGUGUAAAAAUGACAAUGACAUGGAAACGAAUUGAGGAACAUUCGGGAGUAGCCGUCCAUAAUUUUGCACACUCAAUCCCGCACGCAAUAUGCUUAACGGUUGGAGAGGUUGUACAGAUAACUGCGGAAUGUGCAGAUUGGUAUUACGGCCGCAGCAAGUUUAAGGGUACAUGUGGAAUUUUUCCAAAAUCCUACAUACAUAUCCUACAGAAAUCAACGAAUACGGAUAACUUAGUACAAGAGAUCACUAAUGUCUUAAGAGAAUGGGGACAUUAUUGGAAACAUUUAUAUGUGACACAUUCCGAACACUUCAGAACAAUGCAGCAGCAAAUUCUGGAUGCAAUUGGAUACAGAAGCAAGAUUUUGAGUGGGACUUUAACAGUAGACGAGUUAAAGGAUAUGAAGAGAUUGGCAACAGCAAAGAUAGACACUGGAAAUCAGCUGUUAGGUUUGGAUAUGGUAGUUCGAGACGAGCAUGGAAAUAUUUUGAAUCCCAUAGAGACAAGCACUAUCCAAUUGUAUUACCAUCACGAGACUGCUGCGGAGAGAAUAAGAAAAGCGUGCAAUGAUACCAAGAAAAAAUCCUAUAAGCCACAAGUACCUGUAUAUUCACAUAUCUUCUUUGUCAGUGUGAGAAAUUUUGUAUGUAAAAUGGCAGAGGAUGUAGAGCUACUGUUGACUUUAUAUGAUGGCAGAGAGAUGAAAGCUAUCACGGAGAAUUAUGUGGUAUCGUGGAGUAAAGAGGGACUUGCAAGGGACAUUGAUCAGUUGCACAAUCUUAGAGUAUUGUUCACAGAUCUUGGUUCCAGAGAUUUAACAAGAGACAAAGUUUAUUUAGCCUGUUACGUAAUUAGAAUAGGCGGUAUGGAAGCCAAAGAACCAGAUCAUCGUCGCUCAAGUGUUACACAAGCCAAUCAAACAAAAAUCAAGAGCGCAGAAACUAUGAGAAGACCGUUUGGUGUAGCCGCGAUGGAUAUUACCUUAUUCAUUACUGGCAAGCUUGAGGGUGAUGUUGAGCAACAUCAUUUUAUACCUUUUGUACAUUGUGAGAAAGAUAGCCUUGAUGGUACGUUACGUAGAAUUAUUGCACAAAAAGAAGCAAAUAUUCAAAAACAUGUCAAUGGUAAUAUUGCCAAUGUCACAGGUGGACAAGGAUUAUGGACUAGCUUAAAAUUGUUAAGGGGUGAUCCGAAACAGGUACGUGAUGAAAACCCACAUUUGGUACUGGGUAAUGUUGCAAUUGCACGUAAAAUGGGAUUCCCAGAAGUUAUUUUGCCGGGUGACGUACGCAAUGAUCUGUAUCUAACAUUAAUUAGCGGUGAAUUCAGCAAAGGCUCCAAAUCUACAGACAAAAAUGUAGAAGUAAUGGUUAAAGUAUGUAAUGAACACGGUAUUGCAAUUCCCGGAGUUAUGACAUUAGGUGGCGGCGUGUCUCCAAUUGACGAGUAUCGUAGCGUUAUUUAUUAUCACGAAGACAAACCUAGAUGGUGCGAAACGUUUAAGAUUGCCAUACCUAUAGAAGAAUUUAAGCAGGCCCACUUAAAGUUUACGUUUAAGCAUCGUAGUUCUAACGAGGCGAAAGAUAAGUCUGAAAAGCCAUUUGCUUUAAGUUAUGUUCGAUUAAUGCAACGCAAUGGAACGACUCUACAAGACAUACAACAUGAAUUGUUGGUUUAUAAAUUAGAACAGAAGAAGUACGAAGAGAGCGAUAUAUCUUACUUUAAAUUGCCAUCAACACGUGGAGAAUUGGCUGAAUUAAAUAUGGAAAAAAAGCCAAGUUUAGGAUCUUUAACAUUAACCAGUAAGGAUAGCUUUUUAAUAGCAACUAAUAUUUGCUCAACUAAAUUGACUCAAAAUGUAGACCUAUUAGGUUUACUCAAUUGGGCGUCACACAAUACGGACUUAAAAGAAUCUUUAGCUGCUUUAAUGAAAGUUGAUGGGGAGGAAAUAGUGAAGUUUUUGCAGGAUGUUUUGGAUGCUUUAUUUAACAUUUUGAUGAGUAAUUCAGACAGUGAUGUUUACGAUGACAUGGUCUUUGAGUGCCUUUUAUAUAUUAUCGGACUCGUGUCCGAUAGAAAGUAUCAGCACUUUCAACCAGUAUUAGAUUUAUAUAUUUCUGAAAGUUUUUCUGCAACUCUCGCAUAUAAGAAAUUAAUUGCGGUAUUGCGUAAACGUAUAGACAGCGUCAGCAAUGGCGAUGGUCAGGAACGAGAUUUAUUGCUUAAGACAAUGAAAAGUUUGCAAUACUGCAUGAGGUUUAUUGUCGAAUCUCGUCUUUUAUUUACUGAGUUAAAUCAGGAUGAAGAAGAAUUCUCACAAACUUUAACUGAUCUCUUACGAUCUAUCGUUAAUCUCAUGAGUCACGAAACAGAUAGUACUCUGUUGGUUCAAGGAGCCUGUCUCAAGUACCUACCAACAACGAUACCUCAUUUAUUAAGAGUUUAUAGCGGCAAGCAACUGAGCACGAUUUUAACAGAUUUACUUGUGACUUUACCAACCGGUAGAUUAACCAAACAAAAAAUGAUGACAGUAAACGACAUUGUACACAGUCCGCUUUUUUUAAAUGCAGACUGUAGAGCGAUUUUAUUACCAAGAAUUACUAUACUUGUCAGAGAUUUACUGGAAUCCAAAGAGGAGGGGCUAUCGAGUACGCCUGGAAAGAGCGUGGCGAAGGUAGCCAGGUUGCUCGGCGAAAAUCGGCAUCGGCUCAACCAACAUCGCGGCUACUCCGAAGAGGUGGAAUUGUGCGUCAAGAUCUUAUCUGACAUUCUGGAACUGACUUUUAGAAAAGAUAUAGGUAGCACAGUUUCAGAUGUCAAGGAGAUAAUGUUAACAGCCUUACGUACCAUUAUACAGACGGUUAUAUCAAUGGACAGAGAAAAUCCUUUAGUUGGAAAUUUAGUUUCAGUAAUGUUGGCGAUUUUUAGACAAAUGACACAACUCCACUAUGAAGUGUAUAUCAAUCAUUUUGGAACUAAAAUUGAUUUACUUGACUUUCUUAUGGAGAUACUGCUUGUCUUUAAAGAUCUGGUUUCUAGAAGUGUAUUUCCCGGAGAUUGGUGUGAGAUGAUUAUGCUCCAAAAUAACAUUAUUUUGAAUUCUUUACGGUACUUCUCGGCCACAAUUAGAGAUUAUUUUUUUACUGAAUUUGAGCAACAAGCAUGGUCAAAUUUCUUCCAUUGUGCUAUUGCAUUUUUAACACAACCUGCCUUACAAUUGGAGACAUUUACAUCAGCGAAACGAAAUCGUAUUAUUAAGCGCUACAAAGAUAUGCGCAGAGCAACUGUGUUCGAAAUUAGAUCUAUGUGGUUCAACUUGGGUCAACACAAAAUAUUGUUUGUACCCGCUUUAGUUGGUGCCAUCCUUGAAAUGGCAUUAAUACCUGAUACUGAAUUAAGAAAAGCUACUAUACCUAUUUUUUUCGACAUGAUGCAAUGCGAGUACUAUAGUUCACGUAUAGUGGAAGGAUAUGGAGAUACUAAGCGCGAUCCUGCUCAUAUCAAAGCUAAUUUUACAGAAUAUGAAAACGAAAUGAUUGCAAAACUGGAUAUUCUAGUCGAAGGAGGCAGAGGCGACGAACAUUUUCGUAUACUGUGGACUGAUGUUAUGGGUUCUUUAUGUGAAAAACAUUCUACAAUGCGAGAGCAAGGCUUACGUUUCGUAGAUACUAUAUCUAGACUCAUGGAGCGCUUAUUGCAAUAUCGCGAUAUUAUUCACGCCGAAUCCCAAGAACAUCGUAUGCUUUGUACUGUGAAUUUAUUGGAAUUCUAUUCUGAGAUUAAUAGAAAGGAAAUGUAUAUUAGAUACGUGAACAAGCUGUGUGAAUUACAUCUAGAAUGCGAUAACUAUACAGAAGCUGCUUAUUCUUUAAAACUCCACAGCCAAUUAUUAGCAUGGAGUGAUCAGCCCUUAUCACCUUUGUUAAUAUCACACAGAUAUCCUUUAUGUCAAACGCAUCGUGAAUUGAAAGAAGCGUUAUACAAUGAUAUCAUCGAUUAUUUUGAUAAAGGAAGAAUGUGGGAAUGCGCUCUUGCCGUUUGCAAGGAACUAGUUUCACAAUAUGAAGAGGAAACAUUUGAUUAUUUGCAAUUGUCCGUCCUACUAAUACGCAUGGCAAAGUUUUAUGAUUGUAUAGUAAAACAGUUAAGACCUGAACCAGAAUACUUCAGAGUCGCAUAUUAUGGCAAAGGACAUCCUGCUUUUCUUCAAAAUAAAGUAUUUGUUUAUCGAGGAAAGGAAUAUGAACGACUUAGUGAUUUUUGUACAAGAACACUAAAUCAGCUACCGAAUGCAGAACAAAUGAAUAAAUUGUCCCCUCCCACCACAGAAAUGUUAGAAUCAUAUCAACAGUAUGUACAAAUUAAUAAGGUAGAACCACUGAUGGAUGAAAAAAGGCAUCGUUUAAGUGGUAAACCAGUUACUGCAGAAGCAGUUUUAAGAUAUCAUCGUGUGAAUGAUGUGCAGCGUUUUAGAUUUUCAAGACCUGCUCCGAGAAAAGAAAUCAUUGCGGUAAAUAGCGAAAAAGAAAAGGAAGUAAAUACUAGUACUAACAAUAGCAAUGAAUUUGCUUCGUUAUGGUUGGAACGGACAGUACUUGUUAUAAGUUACCCGUUACCGGGAAUUCUUCGAUGGUUUCCUGUGACAUCUAGCGAGACAUAUUUAGUCAGCCCUUUGAGAAACGCAAUUGAAACUAUGGAAGCUACGAAUACGGCACUGAGGGAUCUCAUUAUUGCUAACAAGAGUGAUCCUAGUCUUCCAUUAAAUCCUUUGAGCAUGAAAUUGAAUGGCAUAUUGGAUCCAGCUGUUAUGGGCGGUAUCGAUAACUAUGAAAAAGCUUUUCUCAACGCAGAGUACAAAGAUAGUCAUCCGGAUGAAAGUUCAGAUCUUCUCAAGUUAGAAGGGCUUAUUGCAGAACAAAUCCCUCUACUCAGUGUAGGUCUGCAAUUACAUAAAACACGAGCACCUACCGAGUUGGCACCGUUUCAUCAACGUUUAGAGCAAUGUUUCAUGUCUAUGCGUAAUCAAGUAGAAGCUAAAUAUGGAAAAAGGACCUGCGAUUUACAAAUUGAAAGCCUAACGCAAACCGUAACAAUGCGAAGACCACCAAUUUCGAGAGGAGAUAAUCACUGCCUGUCCGAGUCAAAUAUGAAUAAUUCAGAGGUAUCUUCACUUACAAGAUCCCAAGUUGCAACGUUCAAGUCGCUUACAUCGUUCAAUUUUAACAACAACACAUCUUCGAGUAAUACUCAAAACGUCAAUUUAUCAAGAAACAACUCUAUACGUUCACAUAUCUUGUCAACGGCCUCUUUGCAAAAAGCAUUGGGAAAUCCAAGUCCAGGAACGUAUAAGAAAAAAGAUUCGAAGCGUAGAAGCUCGCGAAAGAGUGACUCUGCUACAGUGACAAAAACCGAUCAACCGACCAGCCAGUGGUAUACCACCACCGAAAUAUCUAGUUCAAUUCAACAAGCAACAUCGUCUGUUACAUCGUUAAUAUCUAAUUUACAAUCAACACAUAUAUUCGAGCUUCGACAAGAGCUCACACCUAAACGUCCCCUGAGAUCGGAAGCGGAGAAAGAAAGAAGAAUGAGUAAUCGUUGGUCUGGUCAAUCUCACUAUCUAAGAAACAUCAACAAUGGACUAGAAUCAAGCGGUUUAGGGAAAGGAAAUAGAGAUAGCGUCGGCACAACUGAUAGUACAGCAUCUGAGGAUGAUCCACCACCGCCUUUACCAAUUAAAAUGCGUGAAGCCGAUUAUUGUAACCUUCCAGAGGAACUGUCCACUAAUCGGACUGCUUUGAAUAAUCUGAACAAGUCUUCGGGACAAUGGAAAAACAAGUUGCCGACGCCUACCGACGAUGAUGUAGACAGUCACUCUAAACCGCCGACACCUCCACCGAAACCAAAAAGAUCGGUUCACAAUUUGAACAAGAAUACAUUUGCCUCUAACGAUGUUGAAAACUCACUUGUUGAGGAUUCGUCGACCGCAUAAUAUAAUAUAAUAUAAUAUAAUAUAUAGACGUCACGAUGUUCACCUUGCCAAGUGUUGUGAACAAAACAAGCAAUCAUCUACGUUUAUAAAAGCAUUCUCCAUCUAAUUUUUGUAUUGUCAAUAUUUAGAAGAGUUACCAUUCAUUAGAGUUAGCGUUAUAAUAUAUUUCUUUGUGCCUUUCUUUCGCGGUUUAGGAUAAGCUAAUAAGUAUACGCUACUAUGACACAAAAUCCUUUACAAAUGUACUCUGUACAACAGAAAGUAUUGCUUUAUAUAUAAUGAACGAGCAAUGUUAUUGACAAAGGAAUCCAAAGUUAAUAUGGAUUUAAAAGACAUAAUAUUUUAUAAUUUAUAAUGCGCACAUAUGACAAGGACUAUAACAACAUCAUUAUCUGACACUAUAGCAAUGCAUUUAAAACGACGUGAAAAAAGUAGGGAAUUUGCUAUAUAGGGAUGAAAAUUGCGAAAUUCACUUUUAACAAUCGUUCAUUCUAAAUAAGCGCAUUAUUGAACGUUUUAAUAUUGCUUUAUUACAAUUUACAUGCUUGCUGUAAUCUCCAUUACAAUGCAUAGCAUACUAUAGUAACGUCUAUUUUUUUCGA